CUUUUCUAUAUCAGCCAAGUCAAGGAUUUCGCCUGAUAACUCUUGCGAUCUCACCAACCCAAUCUAACAAUUGAAUUCAGGACGUGGGUAUAAUACAAGCCGUUCGUUUCUUGCACGAUAAACGAAUCUUGAUCAAACAAUGUGGAAUCUGAAUAUAAAUCUUCGUUCGACUUAGCAAAGAAAGUUGCACGGUAUAUAAAAGACGAUAGAAUCUGAGAAAAUGGAACUUACCAUUUUGGCACUAUUCUCUCUGCUGGUUGUUUGUCGUGCAGCCGUUAACAUUGAUAAUCAGGAGCGUGGUCCUAUCAUCUGGCAAGAUGAAUUUGAAUUUUUAGACUAUAGCAAGUGGAUGCAUUUGAUCACCGCCUGGCGUGGAGGUAACCAAGAAUUUCAGUAUUAUCACAAUCUCACGGAAAAUAGUUAUGUGCGAGAUGGUAUCCUAUACAUCAAGCCAACUUUAACUGCGGACCGCUUCGACGAAGAUUUUCUGUACAAUGGCGAACUCGAUUUAAAUCAGGAAGGUUGUAAUGUGGACUGGGAAGGAGGCUGUUAUGUAGCUGCCGGAGAAGAAAUCAUUAAUCCGAUUCAGUCUGCUCGGAUGGUGACAAGCGAUUCAUUCAGUUUUACUUACGGAACGAUUGAAGUCAGGGCCAAAAUGCCCAAAGGUGACUGGAUAUGGCCAGCAAUAUGGAUGAAACCCACCGAUAACGUUUACGGUAAUUGGCCGCGCUCGGGCGAGAUCGACAUCGUAGAAAUGAAAGGAAACGCAAAUUUCUCUUGUGAUGGCAAUCCAAUUGGGCGACAGUUGGCCGGAAGCACUUUGCAUUGGGGUCCGGAUCCUAGCCAAGACCGAUGGCGAUUAAGCCACUGGGAAAAGCUCAUUGAGGAACCUGAUUUUUCUUCCGACUUUCACGUUUACCGAGUUGAUUGGCUCCCAAAUGGCUUCCAUUUCUACAUGGAUAAAGAACUGAUUGGCGAAUUGUUCCCACCUCCUGGUGGAUUCUGGGAACUGGGAGGAUUUGAAGGAGAGAAUCUGUGGAUCUCCGGCACUAAUUUGGCCCCUUUCGAUCAACGCUUCCAUUUCUUGCUCAAUGUCGCUGUUGGUGGAAAUUUCUUUCCUGACGGUUGCCAAAAUGAAGAUUACGACAAACCGUGGAACGCAUCUGAUCCUACUCAAAUGACGAAAUUCUGGGAAAGUCGUGACAAAUGGCUACCAACAUGGAACGCUGGAACAGAAGACAAUUCUAUGCAAGUUGAUUACAUUCGAGUCUACUCUUUAUGAAAACAAUUGCUCAAACAAAAGAAUCUUUUAUAAAGUUGAAUAUUCUAAGAAAUU